AUGAGGCACAUAGAGAUGAAAGAAAGCAGAGCAAAGACGACUAUGAGGCACAUAGAGAUGAAAGAAAGCAGAACAAACACAGAUGAUGACAAUGUUGAUGAUCAACCACCAUCAUCAUCAUCUGUGAAUAUCCCUCUUCAUAUCCUCUUCUUCGAGAUCUUCACCAGGCUACCCGUCAAGUCUCUAUGCCGAUUCAGGUGCGUCUGUAAAUCAAUCCGAUCUUUAACACUCAACAACAACAACGACCCUUUCUUUCUGGAUCUCCACCUCUCUCGUUCCCAAACUCGUCCACAAGCCACCACUCUUCUCAUCCCUGCAAUCCGCUCAGGCAAUUCCUUUGAAAUAUUAUCCGCAGAAGUCGGUGGAGGACCACUCACUCACCUCUACACAAUCCCUGGUGGCUAUGAUUACCAUCAUCGCACCUUCUCUUUCGACGUUAAUGGCUUGCUCUUUUUUCCCGGUGACAGUUGUUCCAACACAUGCCCUUUUGUUUGCAAUCCCACCACCCGACAAUUCCUCAAACUUCCUCCACUCGAAAGCUGCAACCCGGACACAUGUUAUCAAGUCAUAGAUUAUUUCCUUGGCUUUGAUCCAUCCACCAGGAUUUUCAAAGUUGUCAACAUUCAUCUUUACCUUGAAUCUGAUAUGAUGGUGUGCCGGGUUUUCACAUUGGGCAGCCACAGUAGUGGUGGUUCAUGGAGGACAAUUCAUCCCGGUUUUCCAUUUGAAGGAUGUGAUUGGUUUAUAAAUCCGACCAAAAGUGUUUGUUUAAAUGGUGCAAUACAUUGGUUUCUUAAAGCAAAGAAUGUCAUCGUGGCCUUCGACUUGAAAGAUGAGAACUUCCAUGUAAUUCCACUCCCCAACCAUGACGGCGGUGUUUUUCAAUGUCAAUUAUCCCAAACUGUUCUAAUUCAAGUGAACGGGUUUUUGGCUGUCAUUGGUUACAAUUAUCCUCGUUUUAGAAUAAGAAAGAUGGAGAUGUGGGUGUUAGAGGAUUACCAAAGACAUGUGUGGAUCAACCAUAUUAUUGAUUUGCCUUGCUCCGAUUAUCAAUAUUUUCGUCCUCUUGGUUCUAUACCUACUGGUGAGAUCUUGCUAUUACCUUAUCGCAAUCUUUCUUCGGUGGUAUCUGAAGUUCGUGUGUUUUAUUAUGAUAUGAAGAACAGAAGCUUUAGAAUCACUGAAAUUAUUCAACCCCCUAAAGGGUAUGGUCCUGCUUCUACCACCGGGGGUGAUGGCUCAAUGGAUUAUGCAUGUCUUUUGUUCUAA